CAGUACAUCAAAUUAAGAUUCAUAUAUUUCUUAAAUUACAAGUGUGUGAGUAUAAUGAAGUUGUAAUCUGCUUUUAUAAUCAUACAAGUAUUCAUAAGUGAUAUAAAAAAACUAUGGACGGAUGUUGCUUGAUCUGGGUUACAAGUCUAGCAUUGGCUAUUUUUGGUCUCGUCAAAAGCGAUAAGGCGUUGGCUUGCAAUCACGAUGAGGUCAUCAUUGUCGGUCUUUUCCCUCUUUUUUCUUUGGUAAGGGUCUUGUUUCCUUUGGAUAAAAAAAUAGUCCUGUAUUGGUCAUAGAUUACCAAUUUGGUUUUUAAAUAGGGGAAAGCAAUAAAACCUUCC